AUGUUGGCGAAAGAAGAUUUGUCGAAAGCUUUUGAGGAUAUUCUUGAAAGUGUUAUCGAAGAGACUGGUUUAGGAACAUCUAGUGAGUUUUAUAUUUGGCGAAAAAUCAAUAUUUUUUGAUUUUCAUAGGCGGAGUUCAACUAAAUCGACAUCAACAGAGAACAGUAGAUCGGUUGCAUAAAUUUGUGAAUUCUUCCGAAUAUAAACGAUCAUCCGGUUCGAGGUAAUUUUUUUUAAGGAUCUGAAAAGGCAUUUGUACCUGGGGGAGGGGAACCUGAGACCUUUUAGAUCACAACAAAUUUGAAAAAAUUUCAGCGCUUCAACCAGCGAGACAAUAUCAUUUUGCGAUGAUUUUAUCGCUGAUUGGGAAGCCUCUGGACUUAACUCAUCUCCAGUUCAACAAUUAAUAAAUCUACUAAAUCGCCCGCAUAUUCGAGGUCUUUUAUGGUCAACCGAAGAUGUUUCUGCGAAAAGAUUUGCUCCAGAAUUACCUGCAGUGCCUUUCGAAGUUGAUGAAGAUGAAGGAAUCGCUGUGAAAAUUGUGAGUUCUAAGAGAAAUUGAGAAAUGUUUGCUGAACUAACACGCAUAAAACUUUAUUUGUUUACUCACAUAAAAUAUAAUCUGUAAAAAAAAGAACAAAUUUAUAGGUUCGUAUAGUUCGCCGAGAUGAGCCACUUGGCGCAACAAUAAAAUGUGAUCAUGGUGGACGGGUUUAUGUGGCGAGAAUUAUUUCGGGCGGUGUUGCUGAUCGAAGUGGUUGUAUACAAGAAGGCGAUCGAGUUUUGGAAGUAAAUGGAGAAUCGGUGUUGGAUAAGAAGCCCGAUGAGAUUGUUCAGUUGUUGAAUAAAUGCGAUGGUGGAUGUGUGACGUUUAAAUUGAUACCUGUUGAAGUUUGGCAUAAUCAUUCAUCGAAAGCACAUAAUAAUAACGAGAAAUCGCAUAUUCAUUUGAGGGCUUUGGUAAGAAUUUGAACUGAGUUUUGGGGGAAAAAUAGACUUGUAGAUAUUUAAAAUUAGUUAUCACAUAGAGCUAGAUGUGGGAAAUUUAAAAUUGCUCAAAAAAGGUGGAUUUGUGAGUCUGAAAGCUAAUAAUUUCUGUCUUAAAUAAAGCUGGAGAGUUGGAAUUGUUUUACUUUCUAUUCUAUUUUGCCACGUCAUAACUCUUGUAACAACAUCUAAAAAUUUAUCAAAAUUUUUCGAAAUUUUCUUAAAAAUCUAUACGAAUCUGAUUUUUCCAACACAAUCUUCUAAACUAUUUUUUUCAGUUCGAUUAUGAUGGUACAAAUGAUGCAAGACAUCCAUGUCCCGAAGCAGCUCUCAAUUUCCGACGCGGUGAUAUUCUUGAACUUCUUGUCUGUAAUGAUGAAUAUUGGUGGCAAGCUCGUCGACUUGGAAAUGGAGCAUUGGCUCAUUCGCGAGAAGAAUCAAAAGGUGUCGGAUUGAUUCCUUCAGAAUUAUUACAACAAAAAUCAGCGCGGCCUGAAGAUCGGAGGAAAAAUACGAGUCAGAAAUUGGUUGAGAAAGAUAUGGAUGAUUUAUUUUAUGAAUCGGUUUGUAAAUUGAAGUCUUCUUCUUCUUCUUCAAAUUCUCGACCAAUAGUUUUAAUUGGACCACCUGGAGUUGGUAGAAAUGAGCUGAAAAGGAGAUUAUUGAUGAUGUUCCCGGAGCGAUUUUCAACAACAGUUCCGCAUACAAGUAGAAGUGCCAGAAAUGGUGAAAAUGAUGGAAUUGAUUAUUAUUUUACGACGAGAAAGAAUAUUGAGAAAAUGAUUGAAAAUGAUGAAAUGCUAGAGUUUGGCGAAUUUCGAGGCAAUUUAUAUGGAACUGCUGUGUCGGCUGUGAGAAUGGCAAAAUUGAAGGGAACACCACUUUUGACACCACAUCCAUUGGCUCUAAGACAAUUGAGGACUUCGGAAUUUAUGCCUUUUAUUAUAUUUGUACAGCCUCCGACUUUUCACGACUUUAAGGUUAGUUUUUUUUUGGGGGGGGGGGGUUUAACGGGAGGCGGGGGAGGGAAGGAAAAAAGGGGGAAGCGGUUUGAGGGUGGUGAAAAUAUUAUCAAAAUAAAGAAUAUUGAUAAAAUUUGAAUUGGAAAUGAAUGUCGAAGUUUAAAAAAAUGCCAUGAAAUUCCGAAAAAAAAAACAUAAAAUAAAUGUUUAUCACAAGAGAAAAUAAUUAUUUUUAUUUUAUUUUUUGAAAUUUUUAUUCCGGUUUUCUUUCAUUAUGUGGAUUUUCGACGUUUUCUAAAUAAUUCUAAAUACAUGAAUGUUAUAGGAAACCCGCGAAGCAUUCCGUUCUCGAACCGCUCGAACUCAAUCAUCAGCCUCUUCCACUUCUCAAACAAUCAAUUCAAUGGGAAGAGCAUUCACCGAUUCAGAAAUUCGACAAAUCAUCGAAAAUGCCUCAAAUAUUGAUAGGAAUUAUGGGCAUCUUUUCGAUUCUCGUAUAACAAAUACAAAUUUAGAUGAUACAAUGAGUGAUCUGAUUAAAUUGAUUCAUAAUUUGGAAACAAAAUCAACGUGGGUUCCGCUGAAUUGGGCAACUCGAUGUGUUGAUGGAUAA